AUGGACCCGAAGUUCGCCGGAAAGCCAAUUCAGGCCCAAUUCCAUUCAGGUCAAACUGAUCUUGACCAGAUGCAGGAUACUCCGACCCGUGGGUCACGUCAUCGCCGGGCCCAAUCCGAAACCUUUUUCCGGUUUCCAAACUUCGACGAUGACAUCCUCUUAGACGACGUCGUUCCUGACUUCAACCUCGAUGUUCAGGCGCCGUCACUCAUGCAGCAGCAGCAGCAGCAGCAGCAGCCUGCAAAUUCGGCUGAUUCUUCGUCAACUGGGCCGGCGUUAUCAGCUGGGCCUUCCGAUAAUAACCCUAAGACGCUGGCCCACUACCGUAGUCUCUCUGUGGAUGCUGAUUUUUUCGAUGGACUGGACUUUGGUGCUGCGGCGGCGGAGAAUAAGAUGAUGAGUGGUGGCCCACGUCAUAGGCAUAGCAAUUCCAUGGAUGGGUCUUUUGAUUUUGAGUCUGAAUCGCUUUCUGUGAAGAAGGCUAUGGCUCCUGAUAAGCUUGCUGAGCUCUCCCUGAUUGAUCCCAAGAGAGCCAAAAG